UUAAAGCCCUACGUUUUGUGUGAUUUUUGUAGGAACAUACUGCGCUAAAUGACGUUUAUUGCGAGUUAGGCGGUGUCUGUUCGGUUCCUCUUCGCUAUGGAACAAAUAGACAGUCUCCCCCUUGGAUACAGGGGAGAUCCAAGACUGGUUUCCUCUCCGAAUCCCGGAGAUAUGGUCCUUCACACGGGUGCAUCAAGCCCCAGUACUGCGAACAGUCCAGAGACAGUGCUGCACCAGCCCAGCACACCUGGUUCCGUCACCGGCAGUUAUAUACACGAUCCCGCUUCACCUCAUGGCGACUCAAUGUCUAAUAUGAGCCAUUCGCCGGGAACAGUUUCACAAGUUACCUCAUCUAACAUGACGGUGGCGUUACCAUCAUGUAACUCCGUCAGUGAAUACUCGCAGUACCCACCAGAUGUCAAGUUUGGCAUCGAGGAGUUGUGUCCCGUGUGUGGUGACAAGGUGUCCGGAUACCACUACGGUCUGCUCACCUGUGAGAGUUGUAAAGGUUUCUUCAAACGGACCGUUCAGAAUAAGAAGGUGUACUCGUGUGUUGACAACCGAAGCUGCCUCAUCGAUAAAAGCCAAAGAAAACGCUGUCCGUAUUGCCGUUUCCAAAAGUGUCUUAAUGUUGGAAUGAAAUUAGAAGCUGUCAGACAGGACCGAAUGCGAGGUGGUCGCAAUAAGUUUGGUCCCAUGUAUAAACGAGACCGUGCCAUAAAACAGCAGCAGCUCCGUCAGCAGGCACACAUUCUGACGGCGUAUCAGAUCCCAGGCGAUGACCUCAAGUGUGACAUGUCGAUGACGAGCAACCGUCAAAUGGCCAUCUACGGCCAGCAUCCUCAGUAUCUACCUCAUUCGAACGGUGAGAUGGUGGCACCACUGCACCCUCACGUCAUGCAGACAAUGCGUAUCGUGCCACAUCUCAUCAAUCAGAUGAAAGUGCACGAGCUAAAUGAGAAGGACAUUCAGGAGAAGGUGAUCACCUUUGCUCAAUAUCAGUUCAUGGCGUGCGAUUUGAAACCAAAACGCGACCUUGUGAUUGGUCUGUGUAAGCUGGCGGAUCACUGCUUGUUUCUGCUGGUAGAGUGGGCGCGUGCGUCAAGCUUCUUCAAGGAGUUAAAGGUCGAGGAUCAAAUGAAGCUCUUACAGAACUGUUGGAGCGAGUUGCUGAUUAUAGAAUACGUGUUCAGAUUUGUGUCUGCCAUCAGGAACGGAACGCUUCAGAAUUUAAACACGGACCGAGAACCACAUUACAUCAACUUUCAUAAUCUAGACAGUAUGGACCACCUGGACUUUCUGCCUCGGCUUGGCUUGUCAGAUGUGAAAACACGUUUAAUCGAACUCAUCAAGAAGUUUGCCGAGUUGAAGUUUGACAUCAAUGACUAUGUGUGUAUGAAGUUCUUAGUGCUGCUAAACCCUGAUGUGUUAUUUUCAGAUAUCAUCGGUCUGGAGGAACGUCACUUUGUAGAGAGGAGCCAGGAACAGAUCAAUGCCGCCUUGAUGGAAUACUGCAUACGAUUCUAUCCUGACAUGAAGGAUAAGUUUGGACAAUUGUUGCUGCGCUUACCCGAGGUUCGCAUCAUUAGCAUACGAGUGGAGGAAUACCUGUAUCAAAAACAUGUGACUGGAGAAGUGCUUGGUCAGACACUGCUAUUAGAAAUGUUACACUCGAAACGGAAAUGAUUUGAAAGACCAUUAGCCAUUAGGUUUUGAUGAUUGUCAUUGCCACUAGAGGGUGCUGUAUGUAUUGUACAGGUGGAGACCCCUAGUGAGUGUUUUGUGUGUUGUGUUCAUGCUUGGGCAUGCCACGCCGACCAGUACUCUCCAGAUUUGGUUUGCUGACAGCGGGAUGCUGCCGAGAGAAUGGCGCACAAUAUUAUUCCGACCAGAUAAACGUGAUCUUGGACAUUAUUCUCGUAAUGAUGGAGACUUGUGAUCAUUAGGUGUGAUGAUUGGUCAGCUUGCUGAAUUACACAAGAUGUGGUUGCCUGCGGUGACUGUCAGCGCUUGAAAGGUCAGACACGUUAUCUCUGUUGCUGGUGGUCUGGGAUCAUAUGAUCCCUUGUCCUGACAAUAGGGGACGCGAGAUCUUAACUGCCUUAGAACUAAUUCACUGCUAAGUUAGAAUUCUGCUGGAACGAAGGAAUUCUAAGUAAUGUGUAUUUGUGACUGUUGUUUGUGCCACAGUGUCGAGGUUUUCCUGUUGAGUGAUUUGGGCAAAUGUGGGAAACUAGAUAUACCUAGGGUGGAAAUGGAGAUGAUGUCAUCACAGAAAAACUGAUGUGUCAGAUAUUGACAUCAAUAGAGCAAUGUUUAUUUUGACGGAUCACAACUGUUUUAAAGAUGGACGGGUAUUCAUCCGUAGACAGUGGAUACUUCCUGGAGACGCGAGUCGAGUUUGUUAAAAAUAAUGCUUACAUCGGGUUGAUGUAUAAUGCCUCUGAUCAUCCUUGAACAGUUGCUUUGUCAUUGGAACAUUCCUAAAGACUUGAAAGAUGACUUUUACAACAAGAAGCCAGUCCUAUGACUGGUGGAAUAUUACUCUCCUCUUUACAUGUACUUUCAUCUUUCUGCAGGGCGACUGUCUGGCUGGUCAUCGUGGCUGUGUACUAUCAGAAUUCCUCGCAAGCUCACCUCAAAACUACUGUUCAAUUUGUCUAAUUCUUGCAUAAUUUUGUUGAGUGAAUCAUGAUUUUCUAAUCACUUGAUGUAACAAAGGGUUCUUACUUUGGGUGUGAUAUUUACAUGUGCCAUCUUGAAACCAGCAUUGGUUGUGCUAAUGUCGACAGUCCAAGUUUGAGUUUGAGGAUCACAUGAAUAUGUUUGUCUCGCACCAAAAUAAUUGCAAAAAUGUUGUAUUUGAAAUUGAUUUGUAUGUCUGGUGCCGUUCUCACUCAAACUCACGCUUGGAUUAGUCGCUACAUGUUUUGCUGUUCUGGUGUAAGGCAGACAAACCAAAGAUGAAUUGUUCAACCUGGUCCUAGGGAAUGCUACAUCGGGCAACAUUGUCACUGUGUUGACCUUGUUCCUAGGAGCUGUUCUUUGACAGGACUACUGUUAUUGACUGCACAGAUAACCCCCUAGGGCGAGAUUGGCCGAUUCUAACCUUGUAUCUGGAGAAGGGAUCCUAGGAUGAAUAGAUAAGCCUUUGUGUUAUCAGCGCUUUCUAGAUGUCUCACUAGGGGCUGCUGUACUCGUGUGCCAUUUUCACUAGAGUGUUUUGCUAUGAAGCACAUCGGGCGUUCAAUGAAUUUUAAUAUUUGUAAUUUGAGUAAUUGGGGACGUUCCAUUUUAUGCAUGAUUGUUAUGAUGGUUAGUGGUUUUUAUGGAUUGUCAUGGAAACACAACUCCCCAUACACAUCUUAUGGAUCACUCUACACAGAGUGUGGCUCGUUUUGGCCAAACUUUCCAUAUUACACUUGGGGAAUUGUGUCUCUGGGGUGUGUAUACUCUUUGUUCUGUUCUUAUGUGGUUACCAUGGUUACAGUGUUUUGGCAAUGUCUAUCUCCUUGUUACUAGUCAUUAUAUUAGGAGGUAGUGACACAAGAUGGUUGACAGUCAGAAACAAUGUGAUGAAGAGAACUUUAAGAUUUUUGAGGAAAACCUUGGGAAUGAUGGAAUUUAGCAAUUUAUCAAAGUUCGAUUUUUACCAGUGGAAGUCAAAUCAUGACGGGCAUUUACGUUGAAAAUGUUAAUCAACAUUAAGGAAUUUUUUUAAUCUGUAGAAGUUUAGAUUAUUACUAAGCAUCGUUAUAAUGGGGGAACGAUUCUGCUUCAAAAACCUUAUUAUUCUUGAUCAGUUGACGUCGGUUGUACUGUUGUAGAGUGAUUGACAGCCAAUUAAGCAUAAAUUAGUUGUCCUAAUUGGCAGGUUGCUAUUGUCGGUGUGUCUGCUGUGUGUCACAGAUGGACCAGACACAUUGUGACAUAUUAUAUGCGAAGAUUAUGGAGCAAUCAUGAACUUGCAUCAUGUCCUAUUGUUGAUUGGGACACGCAGCAAAGUCAUGAAUGUGUGCUCUGUCCAGUCUUCAGUUUUGUCUUAUGGCCAUGUGCCGCAGUGUAAGGGCUGCUCUGCAAUGUCCUGUCCCGUGUCGCUAGUAAUCUUAAUGGGGGGGUUGUCCUGUGUUACACUGUAUAGAAGAAACAUCUACAAUGUUACUCUUGUUACUAAUUUCUGUGUCCCGCUGGUUUAUGACUCGGCACCUAAUAUUAGGUGAGGCUUAACUGGUUUUGCCAAAAUCUGUCAUAUCCUGGGACGGGGUUGAUUUGAGGAUCUCCUGGUCACCAGAGACGUGAUCAUCACACCAUGAAUUUGAUUUCUUAGUUGGAAUAAAGCAUCUGAAGAAACCUGGCCAGUAGAAAUAUUUAUUUACUUUAUGAAAUAAAUAUAGAAAAAACUCUAAAAUCCUGAGUGUGACGAUACUUUGAGCAUUAUUAGCUUUAAGUCAUGUGAUGAAUCUAUUAACAUGAUGAAGGAGAGAGUCAUGUAAGACAUGGAGAUAACACAUUAACUUGUUAGAAUAACUGCCAUACUAGAAACAUGUAUAUAUUUAAUCACUUGUAACAAUAAAUGACUCCUAGCUCCUGUGCUAAAAAUGUUCACAUUUUGUUGAUCUUGUUUAACAUGCCUUAAUUCUCUCAGCUUUACCUUGGUGUGUUGACACCUGUUAACCCUUGUGCGUCGGUGGGCCACUGGUUGAAGACGGGUUAUGGCGUUCAUUAUGCUUUAUUUGCUCAAAUUGACUGCUCUAGUGUAACCAAAUAUGGAGUCCUUGAAAAAAGGUGUCAUUUUCAAGUGAUCAUAUCGUGACCAUAAACAGUGUCCGUGUCACAAACAUAGUUGAUCAAUAUGUUUUAUAUUCCUGGGAUUAUCUUCCUUUCCUUUCUGUGCUAUGCCAUAUGGGGAAAGAUUCAUUCUUUAUAACUUUGGUAAAGCCAUAUGUGCAUACUAAGCUGAAGUAAAAAACACUUAAAUUUUCUUCCUCCUUAUUUCAUUGUGGAGUGUUUGUGGCCAGUACACUUUAUCUUGAGCCUUUUCAUUUGAUUGAAAGCAUUAUCUCAUUCUCUGUGUUCCUGAACUGUGAAAGAGGAACAUUUGAAAUGAUGGAUCAAUUCAUUCAACCUUGGAGAAAAAGAAAACUAAGAACUUGUAAAGAAUUGUGAGUAAUUGAUGUCACAUUUUACAAUGUUCUUCCAGGUAUGGAAACAGUUUAAAAAAUUCGUCUUUUUUUGAACGUUUGAAAGAAACAAAAUCAGCGUUUGUUUUGGUGCCAGGUCAAGGUCAUAAAGAGCCAUGUUUGCAAUCUCUCGUGCCAUGUUGGGUUUGGGGUAGAAAAGGGUUGGGUGUAAAAUAGUCUAUUUUUAAGAUUUUUCAAAAUAUUUUACCGUGUCCACUGAUCUGUCAUGAUAACAUGUGACAUGUACACUUCAUUGACCUAACAUUCUCUGUAACAAUUAUAUAUCAAUUAUAUAUGUAAAAUGUAUGUAAAUACGGAAUUUUCAAACUUGGAAUAUUCCAAUGCACGGAUUUUGGCGCUGCAUCAUGAUUUCAUGCAGGUUUCUUAAUCGUCAAGUUUUUUAAUCGCGUGUAACUUAUUUAUCGCUGAUGUUUUGAGUAUAGUGUGAAACAAGCUCUCAGGAAUUAGUUGUUGUCGGUUCAUGAGUGUAUAUAUCGUGUUUCCAUGGUGACGGAUGCUGGGAUGUCGUCCGUGUGUCCCUGUGAAUGAUUUCAGGGUAAGCGGUGAGGUCCGUUGGAUUAGCAUCAACACAUUUUUAGCUUGGUCAUUUUUCUCCACGUUUUGAAUUUGAAAUCGGUCUUUUUGUUGAGUGUUGUAUACCCCAAUCUGUAACGGUGGUGCAUCUGGUUUACAUGUGUUUGUCAUAUUACGUCAAAAAAUACCCAACUUUCUUGUUCAGAAACUUAAAACAAAUCCCUUCCACGAUUCUUUCCCUUACUAAGGCACAGUGUGCUAUCUGCCUUAAUGAAGUGUGACUGAUGGUUUGUUAUGCUUCUGUGGAGCGUAAUAUGUUACAAGUUACAAUACUAAGUAGUGUUCAUUCAAUCAAGCAUGCCAAAGUGAGCCAUUAAUCACUCAGAUGGAAUCAUUUCAGACUUAACACAAUCCAGUUGACCUUAACACCCCGUUUUCCUAAAUGGACUCUUCUAAUUCAAUAACCAGAAGAGUCUACAAAGGGAAUUGGGGGUUAGGGCCUGUCUUCAUUAGAAUCCACUUAUUGACCGUGUUCGUAUUUUCUUAAACUUCCAGUCUUAAGUCUGCCAUGUCCGGCCGAGUUAUUCAAACAGAGCUCAUGCUGUCAGCGGUAUUAAUCACAAGAAGAGGACCCAUGUGUACUGAUACACAUGUGUCAUAUGGACUCUUUUGUCCAAAGGUUGAGCCAAAUCGUAUCCUGGUUUGAAUACCGCGGCCAAGAGGAUUAUUUUCUGUGUGAUUUCAAGUCUUGUUAUUAGUCCUGGUAGUUGUCCCGCUUUGUUUUGCCCAUGUUAAGUAGUGUAAGACUAGUGUCCUGUUGUGUUAGCAUUACGUGUCGGUGGUUAUAGGUUCGUAAAGUUCAACAGUACACGUCCAGUAUUGUCUAAAGUGUACACAAUUCUAUAUGGUUUCUGUGGAUUUGGUUGCCAUGGUGACAGAGUUGUCAAGGAAACCCCUAGGUGUUGGUCCUACAUUUACCAAUCAUUUAUUACAGUUACAAUUGCAAUUCAUUUUAGUGGCUUUUAGCAUAAUCUUUUUGUUCACAUGUUUUACCAUGAAAUGAUGUUUUUUCAUGGCGACCAUUUCCAUAGCAACCAAAUUUGCUAGGGGAUUUUUCUCAACCUAGCGAUAUGUGUGCUAGCUCGUUUGAGUUUUGGAGAGUCAGACUUCUGUUUGGUGAUAACGGUAAAAUAUUUAACAGAAUAUCUGAUUUCUAUUUAAUUCUAGAGUAAACAUGUCGUUUUCUAUGUAGGGUUUCCUUCAAGUUCAAAAUGCAGUUAUUUCACAACAUCCCAAAGCUAACAUGCUAAAUGAUAUGUAAUGGGUGUUGCUGUGUGAAUGAUCUACAAACAAAUUAGGUCAAGGUCAUACAGUGCAUCCCAAAAUGUUUGGCCAAAUGUCAACAAUGGUGGCGAAGAAGUCAAGUGUUCUACAUUAUCUAAAACACUUCAAGAGUUUGUGGCCAUCUCCCCAUGUCUCCGAGAUGAAUCCACCAUACAUGUACUACAUGCAGCUUACAUGUUUACGUUGUAUUGUGUAAUCUCCUGAUGUCACCUGAUGUCACCUCCUACACAGGAAAUGCAUUGUGGGAGCAGUUUGAAGAACUUGAAUUUGUAUUUAGAACUAAAAUGGCCCGAAAUGUUUUGUGACGCAGUGUAUGGCUGUAUAUGUUUGACUUGGUUUCAUGUCACUCGUUAAUGAUUGUGGGGAAACUCUUGUUAUAGAAGGCUAAUAAAAAUAAUAU